GCAAGAACUACGAAUUCAUGUAGUAAAAAAAAAAAAACGGAAUAUACACUUGUCCGAAAAUUUGUUUGAGAAGAAGCAAAAGAGGAGAGCAUGAGUGGAAAAGGAAAGCUAGUAUGUGUAACAGGGGCAUCAGGAUAUAUAGCUUCAUGGCUUGUCAAGAUGUUGCUCGAACGUCAUUACACUGUUAACGCCACUGUUCGAUCUCUCAAUGAUCCGCAGAAGACUGAACACCUACUUGCACUUGAUGGAGCCAAAGAAAGACUUCACUUGUUUGAAGCAAAUUUACUCGAGGAUGGAUCUUUCGAUCCUGCAGUUGAAGGAUGUGAUGGUGUCUUUCAUACAGCAUCACCUGUAAACCUUUCAUCCUCUAACCCCCAGGUAGAACUGGUCGAGCCUGCAGUGAAGGGAACACUUAACGUUCUUCAGUCAUGCACAAAAUUUCCAUCAAUUAAAAGGGUGGUAAUAACAUCUUCCGUAGCUUCAGUUAUGGUCACAGGAAAGCCUUUAAAGCCUGGUGUUGUAAUGGAUGAAACUUGGUUUUCUUCUCCAGUACUUUGUGAAGAACAGAAGCUUUACUAUCACCUUUCAAAAACACUUGCUGAGCAAGCAGCUUUAAAGUUUGCAGAAGAGCAUGGAAUUGACUUGGUGACACUGCAUCCAGGUUUUGUCUUAGGUCCUCUCUUACAGCCAGUUUUAAAUAUCACUUCAGAAGGGAUGCUAAACUUCAUUAAAAAGGGACAAGAAAUAUUCCCUGAUGGAACUUUUAGAUUUGUUGAUGUCAGAGAUGUUGCUUAUGGUCAUAUACAAGCAUUUGAGAUUUCUUCUGCGUCUGGAAGAUAUUGCUUAGUUGGGAGGGUGGCAUACUCUUCAGAGGCUUUUGAGAUAUUACACAAGCUUUAUCCUGCUAUAAGUGUUCCUGAAACGUGCAAAAAAGAAAAGCCUGCUGGGCCACCCUACCAUGUCUCUAAGGAAAGAGCUAAACGUCUAGGCAUUGAUUUUCUACCUCUUGAAGUGAGCCUCAAGGAUAUGGUGGAAAGCUUGAUGGAAAAGAACUUUCUGAUCCUCUAAAUCAAAAUGUUACAUACUAGUCAGCUGCAAAAUAAAUUAUUCUCAUGCUGCAAACAUACUUGGUCAGUUGGUCACACAAAUCCCUACCGAAAAUUUGAAGUGUCCGAUGAGAACUGUAAUUAUUAUGAUAAACUGGGUUGUUUUAUAAAGACUUGUAGCACCUUGUGAAUCUUUCUUAAACUCUUUCUAAAACACAGAGAGAGAUAAAUAAAGCUGGCUGUAUUUAGAGGGCUUGGUUCUGGAUAUGUUGAGGUUAGUUGCUUUU